AGAUAUAUAUAUUGCCGUCCUGUUUUCCAUCAACCAAUUCCAACCCAAGUUCUUGCUCCCCUUGGUCUACCGGAAAAGGAGAAGCUUUCCCCAAUCUCCGGCCGGCAUUACACCACCAGACCAUCUUGGGCAAUGGCGGAAGGAGGCGUCGUCACCGUCUACGGCAGCAACGCCGUCGCCGACACCAAGAAGAACCCCUUCUCCCUCAAGGUCGGCAUGGCCCAGAUGCUCCGCGGCGGCGCCGUCUUCGAGGUGUCCUCCGUGGAGCAGGCCAAGAUCGCCGAGGAGGCCGGCGCCUGCUCCGUCGUCGUCUCCGAUCCGGCCGGGCCUGCCGGGGGCAUCUCCCGCAUGCCCGAUCCCUCCCUGAUCAAGGACGUCAAGCGCGCCGUCGCGAUCCCGGUCGUCGCGCGGGCCCGGGUCGGGCAUUUCGUGGAGGCCCAGAUUCUGGAGGCCGUCGGGGUCGAUUACAUCGACGAGAGCGAGGCGCUGGCGAUCGCCGACGAGGACAAUUACAUCAACAAGCACAACUUCGGGAGCCCCUUCGUGUGCGGGUGUCGGAAUCUCGGAGAGGCGUUGAGGAGGGUGAGAGAAGGUGCGGCUAUGAUCAGGACGCAGGGCGAUUUGGUCGGAUCUGGGAAUGUGGCCGAGACGGUCAAGAACGUGAGGUCAGUGAUGGGGGAGAUGAGGGUCUUGAACAACAUGGACGAUGAUGAAGUCUUUGCGUUCGCAAAGAAGAUCGGGGCGCCCUACGAUCUCGUGGCGCAGACCAAGCAAAUGGGUCGCCUCCCCGUCGUGCAUUUUGCAGCUGGAGGGAUCGUAACUCCGGCCGACGCGGCGCUGAUGAUGCAAUUGGGGUGCGACGGCGUAUUCGUGGGUUCGGAGGUUUUCGAUUGCUCGGAUCCAUAUAAGCGCGUGCAGGGCAUUGUCCGAGGCGUGAGGCAUUACACGGAUCCUCACGUGUUGGCGGAGACGUCCUGCGGUCUCGAGGACGGAAUGGCGGGGCUCCAUCUUGAUCAGGAGAGGAUCGAACAGUUUGAGGCCAGGGAUGUGUAGUCACUGAGUUUUUCUUGCCAAAAGUAUAUGCCUACUCUGUUACAGAGGUACUGGGCUUUUUACAGAGUCUAAAUGAAUUUGCUGCUCCCUUUUUCUUUCCAUUUUGUAUAAUUCUGCUGCGGAAACAAUUUCGGGUACGGAAUACAUUUGCAUCUUCUUGUUUGACACUGGAUAUGAAUCAAAUUGGGCAAGUACAUUCCUUACCAAUGCCA